UUUCCUCCGGCGGCGCCGGCGGUCGCAGCACUUCCGGGUCGGCGCGGAGGCGGGGCGGGGGCGCCGCGGCGGCUGUUAUUGUUCGGCUGAGCUCGGUCGGGCGCUGUCUCUCUCGCCUCCACCGGUGUCAGUUUGUGCGGCUUCCUCUCGACCCCUCAUUCCCGGCGGCUGACGGCCCCGACAGCAGCAGCGGACGGGGCCUGGCGUUUCGAGGCAGAGCGGUGUCGGGGUGAGGGGCGCGGAGGAGGAGCAGUAGCAGGAGGAGGAGCCGUGAGCCCUGGCACCGAGCGGCCGCGGCCAUGGCGUACGCCUAUCUCUUCAAGUACAUCAUCAUCGGCGACACAGGUGUUGGUAAAUCAUGCUUAUUGCUACAGUUCACAGACAAGAGGUUUCAACCAGUGCAUGACCUUACUAUUGGUGUAGAGUUUGGUGCUCGAAUGAUAACUAUUGAUGGGAAACAGAUAAAACUUCAGAUAUGGGAUACAGCUGGACAGGAGUCCUUUCGAUCCAUUACAAGGUCUUACUACAGAGGUGCAGCAGGGGCUUUACUAGUAUAUGAUAUUACAAGGAGAGAUACAUUCAACCACUUGACAACUUGGUUAGAAGAUGCCCGCCAGCAUUCUAAUUCCAACAUGGUCAUUAUGCUUAUUGGAAAUAAAAGUGAUUUAGAAUCUAGAAGAGAAGUGAAAAAAGAAGAAGGUGAAGCUUUUGCACGAGAACAUGGACUUAUCUUCAUGGAAACUUCUGCUAAGACUGCUUCCAAUGUAGAAGAGGCUUUUAUUAAUACAGCAAAAGAAAUUUAUGAAAAAAUCCAGGAAGGAGUCUUUGACAUUAAUAAUGAGGCAAAUGGCAUUAAAAUUGGCCCUCAGCAUGCUGCUACUAAUGCCACACAUGCAGGCAAUCAGGGAGGACAGCAGGCCGGGGGAGGCUGCUGUUGAGUUCAUUUUUACUGUCUCACUACCCAGAUGGGGCCUACUCCCUUAUUCUUUCACCCUCUCCUGCUCAGCUGAGACAUGAAACUGUUUGAAAUGGCUUUAUGUCACAGAAGACUUUAAUCCUUCAAAUUCUUGUAUAACUUUGAAUAAAUGGUUAAUGUUCACUUAAAAA